UUUAAAACUGCCUCGGACAUGGUUACUCCUCUUGCUAAUAUGCCUUAUGAAGAACAACUUGAAUUUAAAUUUAAUUUGUCACAUGACAUAAUGCUUUAUAUAAUCAGGAAAUUAAAUUAUGCUAAUGUUUAUGAUACUUUUUGUUAUAAUGUUUUACAAAAGGUUUUGCCAGCACCAUCAAUUACUGCUUAUAGAAAUAAAUGUGAAUUUACUAUAGGAUAUUCUAAAUCAAAGGAUCAAUUUAGAAAAGAAAAGAAAUUAAGGGAAGAAGCUUUAGAAAAAUUAAAUGAAGGGGAAGAAGAAAAUAAAGAAGUUUCUCUUUCAAAAUCAAUUAUUGCCGGAUUUAUUAAUGGAAAAAUGAAUAAUGGUUAUCGUGUUUUGCCUAUUGAAGGAUGUAAAAAUUUGAGUUUAAAUACAAUUAAUGUCGUUAAAUAUUUUGAAGAAUUUGUAAAUGAAUUUGGUUUGUUUUUUUUUUAAUUUUUUUAAAAAAAUUUUCAGGUAAGCCUAGAACAGGCCGGUAACCAUGAUUUUUUCGGGGGAGGGGCUAAUGUGUGAAAAUUUUUUUAAAUUGUAGUUUUUUGUCUUUGAAACUAGCUGAAGGGUGAGUAGCUGAAUGGACGUGUAGCUUUUGGGUUUGGUUACGCUGGGGGGAGCGUUUGGUUACAUUUCUGGACCGGUGAGAAUCGUUUGGGGGCGCGUCCAGGGACGCGCGUGGAAAGCCUGCGGCUUUAAAAGGACGCUAGAUUUGUUUCUUGCUUGGCGAUUUACGUUAAAUAUAUUUAAAUUCUUUGCUUUGCAUUUUGGGGGCCUUCGGCCCGCAAACCCACCGGUUAUACGGAUACUUUGCAUUGAGGUAGCUUUGAUGGGUUGUCUCGGGGCGUUUUGGGGCCUUCGGCCCC